UCAGGGGAAGAAUCCAUCGAUGAUCGACAGCAAAUGGCCGACUCCUUUAUCUGUGGCGUCCUGGUCGAUAAGGAACGCGUUUGUCCACCGGUUUGCUCUCCUGGCUGGCUCGAUGGGCAGGUUUGGGGGAUAGAGAUAGACAGCUGAGCCCGGUGACGUGCUGUGGCAUUUGGCGCCAUUCACCAUCUGGCGCUCAACGAGGGCGGCCAUGGGGAUGAGAUAGAGAUAACGAUUUGCAGAGAGGAAGGGCAGAGAGCUGUGGGGUGCGAGGGGCGGGAGAGCCAGCGCAAGUGCAUCGAAGUCUUUCUCAUCAUAGCGCUGAAAUGAGUUGCUCCUCUUCUGGGGCUGAUAGGCUUUAUACUUCUUCAAUACGACCCGACAUCCUCUCGACCCUUCGACCUGAACAACACGGAUGCCACACGGGAUGUGUCGGUUGACACGCGUGUUUCUCUCCUCUUUUGUCUUCAUUUGCUGACCCAAUACGCCAACUUGUGUUGAAUGUGCAAUUUCUUGCCAGCCUUCGUUGCCCAUAUUUCGUCAACGGUGGACCCCUCAAUCCCCCAAUCAUCCACGCGCUCAAUCCCACUCUUGUCCAGCAGAGGCCGCCAUCGCUCGGUCGACAAGGCGCCCCUGUGCGCAGCCGAACUCCGCUGUCUCAAGAUGGUCUCAAGGCUUGUCUUCAUGAAUGCAUCGCUGUCGUAUGCAUCGAGGAGCCGAGCUGAGAGGGACCCUCUCCCGCCUUUCUUGGUGUUGCAUCUGUAGGGCCACACGUCCCACUUCUUCCCCUCCGUCACCUUGAGAUGAUGGGGGCCCCUCGCCAGAACAGAACCAUCAAACAACCAUAUCUGCGGGACGUCCAAAGAGACGCAGAUGACCUGACCCAGGCAAGGGAGUCAGUAGUGAAUGGCCAAUGAGAAGAAGCGCUCGAUUUCGCAUACUGGCAUUGAUGGGUAGCCCUGGACAGAGCGAAAGAAGUGGUAGGUCCUGGGUGAGAAGUCAGCGCCCUCCUCUUUCCUCACGGCUUUCGUGGACUUGACUUGCACUGAAAGUGGUUUCAAUGUCACAGAGGUGUGGCAUAUAUGAGAACAAAAGCCCCUGUCCCUUGUCUGUUUCUCUGUCUCUCACCUGGCAUCCAAUCAUCGGCUUCUACCGCAACCGGCCGUACAGCGAGAUCUGCCAGACACCCGCGCAAAUAAUGUCAGCCGUCUCCAUAGAUGUUUGGUCUCUGUGUGUCUCGAUCUUACCGGCUUGAGCGCCCUCAUGAGUGCGUCGUACCUCAAUGCCUACCAACAAAUCUAACACACAUCGGACUCCUGCAUUGCUCACUAUCCGCUGAAAGUGAGCGGGCUGCUGGCAGAGCUUCCUAAGCCGCUGCCCUUCAAUUGCUUUGCCGUCGGAGUGCAGCAGUCUAAGACUCGCCUGGCCCACCGGCCGGCUCAAGGCCAGCCUCAGGAAGUAAGGCAGUGCGGACACCCCAGACCGCGUCGCCAGAAAGCUCAUCUCGCC